UUCUGCAAAAAUAAUCAUACUCAGCCUGGCAAUUGUCUGCCCCUAGGUCUGUUGCUCUGCCGCCGUCCACACUCGCUGCAAGAAGGGGGAGGGCACAGAAUUUACCGCGGCAAGAACAUCCCUCCCAGCCAGCAGAUUACAAUGCUGCAAACUAAGGAUCUCAUCUGGACUUUGUUUUUCCUGGGAAUCGCAGUCUCUCUGCAGGUGGAUAUUGUUCCCAGCCAAGGGGAAAUCAGCGUUGGAGAGUCCAAAUUCUUCUUAUGCCAAGUGGCAGGAGAUGCCAAAGACAAAGACAUCUCCUGGUUCUCCCCCAAUGGAGAAAAGCUCACCCCGAACCAGCAGCGGAUCUCGGUGGUGUGGAACGACGAUUCUUCCUCCACCCUUACCAUCUACAACGCCAACAUCGACGACGCCGGCAUUUACAAGUGUGUGGUCACGGGCGAGGACGGCAGCGAGUCCGAGGCCACGGUCAACGUGAAGAUCUUCCAGAAGCUCAUGUUCAAGAACGCACCAACACCACAGGAGUUCAGGGAGGGGGAAGACGCCGUGAUCGUGUGUGACGUGGUUAGCUCCCUACCCCCAACCAUCAUCUGGAAGCACAAAGGCCGAGACGUCAUCCUGAAAAAAGAUGUACGAUUCACGGUCCUGUCCAACAACUACCUGCAGAUCCGGGGCAUCAAGAAAACAGAUGAGGGCACUUACCGCUGUGAGGGCAGAAUCCUGGCGCGAGGGGAGAUCAACUUCAAGGACAUUCAGGUCAUUGUGAAUGUGCCCCCCACCGUCCAGGCCAGGCAGAGUAUCGUGAAUGCCACUGCUAACCUUGGCCAGUCCGUUACCCUCGUGUGCGAUGCCGAAGGCUUCCCAGAGCCCACUAUGAGCUGGACAAAGGAUGGAGAACAGAUAGAGAACGAGGAGGACGAGAAGUACAUCUUCAGUGAUGACAGUUCGGAGCUGACCAUCCGGAAGGUGGAUAAGAGCGACGAGGCUGAGUACAUCUGCAUUGCCGAGAACAAGGCUGGCGAACAGGACGCCUCCAUUCACCUCAAAGUCUUUGCAAAACCCAAAAUAACUUACGUAGAGAACCAGACAGCCAUGGAACUGGAAGAACAGGUCACUCUUACCUGCGAAGCCUCGGGAGACCCCAUUCCCUCUAUCACCUGGAGAACUUCCACCCGAAACAUCAGCAGCGAAGAGAAGGCUUCGUGGACUCGACCAGAGAAGCAAGAGACCCUGGACGGGCACAUGGUGGUGCGCGGCCAUGCCCGCUUGUCAUCCCUGAUCCUGAAAAGCAUCCAGUACACAGACGCGGGAGAAUACAUCUGCACCGCCAGCAACACCAUCGGCCAGGAUUCCCAGUCUAUGUACCUGGAAGUGCAAUAUGCCCCCAAGCUCCAGGGCCCCGUGGCUGUGUAUACCUGGGAGGGGAACCAGGUGAACAUCACUUGCGAGGUAUUCGCCCACCCCAGUGCCACAAUCUCAUGGUUUCGAGAUGGUCAGCUGCUGCCAAGCUCUAACUACAGCAAUAUCAAGAUCUACAACUCCCCCUCAGCCAGCUAUCUGGAGGUGACCCCAGACUCUGAAAAUGAUUUUGGAAACUACAACUGUACUGCAGUGAACCGCAUUGGACAGGAGUCCUUGGAAUUCAUCCUGGUUCAAGCAGACACCCCAUCUUCGCCAUCCAUCGACCAGGUGGACCCAUACUCUAGCACAGCACAGGUGCACUUCGAUGAGCCAGAGGCCACAGGUGGGGUACCCAUCCUCAAAUACAAGGCCGAGUGGAGAGCAAUGGGCGAGGAAGCAUGGCAUUUCAAGUGGUAUGAGGCCAAAGAAGCCAGCCUGGAGGGCAUCGUCACCAUCAUGGGUCUAAAGCCUGAGACGACGUACGCGGUGCGACUGGCCGCCCUCAAUGGCAAGGGCCUGGGCGAGAUCAGCACGGCCUCCGAGUUCAAGACGCAGCCAGUCCAUAGCCCUCCUCCACCGGCUCCUGCUAGCUCUCCCACCCCUGCUCCAUUGUCUUCUCCAGAGAAAGGGGAACCCAGUGCACCAAAGCUCGAAGGGCAGAUGGGAGAGGAUGGGAACUCUAUUAAAGUGAACCUCAUCAAGCAGGAUGACGGCGGCUCCCCCAUCAGACACUACCUGGUCAAGUACCGAGCGAAGCUCUCCUCUGAGUGGAAACCAGAGAUCAGGCUCCCCUCUGGCAGUGACCACGUCAUGCUCAAGUCCCUGGACUGGAAUGCUGAGUAUGAGGUCUACGUGGUGGCAGAGAACCAGCAGGGAAAAUCCAAGGCGGCUCACUUUGUUUUCAGGACUUCAGCCCAGCCCACAGCCAUCCCAGCAACCCUGGGAGGCUCCUCUGCCUCCUACACCUUUGUCUCAUUGCUUUUCUCUGCAGUGACUCUACUUUUGCUCUGUUAGGAAUGUGAAAACAAAAAUUAAAUUUGCUUAAAAGCCCAGUUCCUAUGAGAAUGAUUAGUGUCCCUCUUGGAAGAAUCUGUCAGGACUUUCACAGCCACAGAGAGAACUCCGUGUGGAUGAGAAAGGUUUUGCGAUUGGACAAAAGCUUUACCGCCACAUUUUGCUGUGCAUAGAGACUUUUGUGUCAUUUAACUGAGGAAUUUGCCCCCUUUUUAAUGGCAGUAAAAAAUGAUUUGAGAGCUCUUUAAACACCAUUUAAAAACAAAAAAAAGCCACACUAGGUUUACAGAGAAGUUUCUGCAUAUCUGCUACUUGUGAUUUUUUUUGUUCUACCUAAAAAUGACAUAGCAGAGGAAGAUUUCCAAGUACCUUCUAAAACUUGCAUAAAACCAACCACAACCCCCCCUCAUUACCACUCCAUGCCCCCCACCCCCCAAUAAGUAGUUGGCCUUGCCUUCAUUUAUGUUACGAGAGCCAGGCCUUGAUGAUUCACCUGAGUAUUUUGCUGACACGAUGAUACAUUUAAGUCACCCUGUUGCCCAUGCAGUGGAAGAAAUUGGAUUUGUUGGCUAUUUCCUGGGCUGGCGGAAUGUUCUGGGAAGUGCUUGGGCCCUGGUGUCUCUAACCAGCACCUGACGCUGCCUCUGUGAGCAGGGCUGAGCUGUGAUGUGCCACCUCGUGUUCAGCCUUGUAAGGAGCUUGUCCUCCAGACAGCCGGUCGCAGGCCCCACAGAGCCUCCGUGUCAGGGGGUUAUGGUCCAGCGGUGACUCAGCUUGUCACUGUGAGCAUCAGCCCACCGGCUUGGAAGCACCCACUGUGAACCAGGCACGCGUCCCCCAGCCUCCCCGUGUGUGCCCAGCAGAGCAGAACGAGAAGGACCGGCCACCCCCAGACUUCCCGGCCCUGGGGUUUGAAUUAAUUAGGACUCGGCCAGUCUGUCAGGACUCCCAAAUGCUCCGGCCUCCCUAUUGGCCCAUUAGUUCAGGGGCAUUUUGAAAAUUCAGCUGUUCCCCCCUGCUGUUGGGGAGAACCAAGGAGAGGAAGGGAGGUGUGUUUAACAUCCUGCAUUGAGACCCAGGCGUUGUGUGCCUGGAGAUGGACAUCCUAGUGAACAAAAACUCCCUCCACUGUGGUCACCUGUCAUUCUAUGUAUCUCAUCUCUGAGCAUCUCCACGGAAGUUUGAUUUUGUUCUCUUCAGUUUCAGUUUUUUUUUUCUGUUUGUGUUUUGUUUUUUCCUAAUGUUCCAAGACUAGCCAACCACAUUGGGCCUUUCCCUUUGGAAAUCCAAACGGUCCCACACUGUGGUCCGUGGGGCAGUGCCCACCCAGGUCAGCGCAUGCCUGUGUUCAUGGUGUUUGUGGUUUGGGGGCACACACAGAUGCCGGGGCUGCACACUGCUCAGCUGUCCAGGCAGGGUGGCUGCUUCUCAGCGCAGCCCGUCUCCUUCCAGUCCACCAUGAACCUCUCCCCUCUGCUAGACCAGGGCAGGAGAAGCAGGCACGGCUCUCAGGCUCAGUGCAGAGGGACACAGGGGGCCAUGGCACCUCCAGGGCCUGGCAUAAGGAUCACCCAUCAAUUAGAGCUAUAGAGAGGUCAAGGAGAGGCCUGUCUUCACACUGGGGGCCACCCGCUCUCCUCCAGGCUCCCAGAAUGUUCUAGUGAUCAUCCUGGAGAGUGGGCGUGGGUAUUCUCCCCAGGAGGGCCCAGCUUGCUGGUCUCAACCCUGCUACCAGCCUACCCACAGGUGAGGGUCGGUGCCAGCAUUUCUGAAGGCACCUUUGCAGAUCUGGCCUUAAGUGUGCCACAUCCUGUCCCCUUACACAUCCUGGGGACCAAGCAGGCCUCAGCAGAAGCGACUUCAGGGUCGUUGCAGUGGGCCCAUUCAGACAGCCCCAGGGUUCCCAGGGUAUGCCAUUGGGGAGACAGCAUUAGUGCACCCCAGUCCCACUGGACCCCCAUGUUCUCGGGGAGGGCUGCAGCCCUCGGUGCCAGCUUGGGUCCUUGAGAGACCCUGCAGGAGUGAGCUCUCAAUUUACUCAGCUGCCCCUGCGCCCCGUUUUUGUGCUCUCCGCGCUCCACAGACCAUGGGGUUUCUCUGCUCGUUUUGGAAUAUUUAUACAGCAGGUUUGGAUCACAUUUUUCUACUAAUAAGAAUGCUAACAUUGUUGUGUAGAUAAUCAGCGAGGCCUUUAUGAAGUUUACUCCUUUGCAUUAUUAAAGGAAAUAACAGUUCAUGUGAA